ACCUACAAUCGUCGGGCGGCGCCACCAGCGCGCUGCUAUCCGCGCCACCAACGGAGGCGUCCCCAAUCACGCAGGCGCUCCACCGGGAAACGAAACUUUGCCACCGUGUGUCAGCGCCCUUCGAGCCCUACUUUCCGUGGUUGCUUCCGACUGUGCUUGCGACAUUUGAACUGUUAUCAACGUUGCACCGCAACUGCAUUUGCUCGCGAACGUUUUCACUCGGCAGCACCCGGAGAGAGACGCAAGUUACCCGCGAUGUCGCGGGUUCUGCAUUGCGGUUUCAAGCCGGUCCACGGCCUCGACGAGUAUUUUCGGCCAUCGCUACUGCGGAAAGGACGCCGCUUGCUGGACAAUAACCAUGUGUUCGGUGUCCGGGAGGUUGACGGGUCUGAGAUUUCUGCAAAAUGUCUGUCGGAGCAAAGCAAGCACGUAUACCAAGUGGACCUCAAAGUGGCACAAAGAAAAGAAGUUUCGCAUAAGCAGUACCACUAGCCACACAAUACUCCAUGCCCGACGGAGCCCUGAGGAGGUUGCCAGGGCCAUCCUGAACUCAAGGCCAUUUUCUACAGAGGCCACGGCCUAUGGACUCCGUACAGAACCCCUGGCUCGAAUGGAGUUUGAGCGUCAACUAGGUGUUGAAGUUGUGGAGAUGGGUUUGCUCAUACACCCGGAUCAGCCUUGGCUGUGUGGCAGCCCUGAUGGCAUGUUCUGCCUGUCUGGGGAAACAUGCCUUUUGGAAAUCAAGUGUCCCCACAAGUGUAAAGAAGCAGACAUGUUCGACAGCUCGGGAGAGAGCAUCCUAGACUACAUCCAGGGAACAGGCAGCAACCGAAGACUGAAGACAACGCACAGAUAUUUCACUCAAGUACAGAUAUUACUGUACUUGUUGAAUGUACAAAAGUGCUACUUUUUUGUAUAUUCCAGCAGGAAAAAUGUCAUUAUUGAAGUCAGUAGGGAUGAUACCUUUCUUUACGAGAGCAUCCCAGCCCUUGAAAGAUUUUAUUUUACUUACCUUCUGCCUGCUGCAGCUGCAGCGAAAUAA